CAAUGUUUUUUCCUUGAUAGGUUAUGUCAGAGUUGGAGAAUCUUCUUGUGAGAAAAUACACUGGGUUCCAGCCUUAUGAUCGCACCCCUCGCUCCUCAACAUCUGCUAACCCCUUUUUGGAAGAUGGACUACCAAAUAAAACUAUCAAUACCAACCCAUUCAUGGAGUGUGAAACACAAGGAGAGUGUCCUAACUCUCCAUUCAGUGGUGCAGUGUGCCGUUGUUUCCAGCCAUACCUCAGAGUGUACAUAGAGAAUGUAGACAAACGCCUGAAUGAUCAAAUUGAAAAAUUUGCUAAUGACAUGAAAAUCUAUAAGUUUGAACACAUAGAUGCUGAGGAAUCUAAUGUUGUACCAUUCUGUGGAGAGCUCUUCACAAUAUACAAGAAUGUGUUGGUUGAGUUCUUGCGUCUUGGACCUGGAGAAAGUUUAUAUGGACUUGUGGAAGUACUUCAGAAACACUUAAAAGAGUUUUGUAACAAAGUAGUUCGAGCAGCUUUGCCAAAAGUUGGGGCAAAUAUUCCAAUGCCGAAAGACAUAAACAUGAAGGAACUAACAGCUGUUCUUGCACAGGUACAGACACUUUGGCGGGAAGGUGACAGUCCUAAAUUGAGUGAUGAUGAUAUUCGACGAGUAUGUUCGGUUUUGGUGUCUGCCGAAUACUGUGAAGAAAUGACUGGUCGAUUAGAAGCAAAAUUAAAAGAAAAAAGUUCACCAUCACUUGUUUCUACUAUCAGCCUUACUCAGGAGCAAGAUCUUUUCCAUGCCGUUUUAGCACAGUGCAUUGCUCUUCUUGUGACUCAUGUGGAGAGCCUGUGUGACCCAGCACUUGCCUCCAUGACCAAAGUGAACUGGAUGGUAGAACAGACUGGUGACCAAAGCCCAUAUGUGACAGCUAUAUCUCAACAUAUUGCUGCCUCUGUACCUCUAGUCAGGCACAAUCUUCACACUUCUCGCAAAUAUUUCACCAGGUUUUGUGAUAAGUUAGCAGCAGCAAUACUUAACAAGUUUGUUCAGCAGGUGUACAAGUGCCGACCCAUCAGUGGUGUUGGUUGUGAGCAGUUGCUCUUAGACUGUCAUGCUCUCAAGGCUGUCAUGCUUCAGCUGCCAGUGGUUGCUUCGCAAGUACAGCGUGAUCCUCCACAGACAUACACAAGAAUGGUUGGAAGGGGUAUGGCACGUGCUGAGCUAGUACUGCAGGUUGUGAUGGGGGAAUAUACAACACAUUGUGAACUGGUUGACAAAUUUAAUCGACUUCUACCUGAUGCUACAAUUGCAGAUUUUCAAAAGGUAUUGGAGAUGAGAGGAGUAAAAGAGCGAGCUUCAGUGCUAGAGUUAUAUCGGCAGCACACUAUGGGACCCUCAGUAGAUUCUCCUCAUCGUAACCCAACAGUUUCAAGCUCUGGUAACCAACCAUUAGCAGCUCAUCACUUAAUCGGUCAAGCUUCAUCCACAGCCAGCAUAAAUAGCACCUCAACUCCGAGCCCAGAACAUGAAAUGAGCAAGAUUGCCCGUCUUGAAAGAAUGUUAAAGUCUCGUAGACUCAUAUCUUAGGAUACUAAUGAGUAUAACCUACUCAAAGCAUUCUAAAAUCCUGUAUUUAUUUGCUUAGGAGCAAAGUGUUAUGCUUAUUGGGACAGUUGAAGUGCAUCUUCCAAGGUAUGUUUUUCUUACUGAAUGUAAAUUUUUAUAAGACAAAAUGAACUUUAAGUAAACAUUUGAACUUGGCACUUCAAAAAUUGAACUCUCACAAACCUGAAGUAUAAAACUAACAUUAAUUAAAAAUUUAUAACUUUCAUAUUCAUUUAUUGAGAAAUGAGUCUAAUAUCUCAGAUGUUUAACAGCCCGUAUACACUAGCCAGUGCCUGCACCUAUUUGUUUGACCAAAGUUAAUAGAAAUUACAAAGUAUAAUUCUGGAAAUAUUAGUAGUUAUAAGCCUUGUGUAUACAUUAGUGAUAGUGUGAUAAAUAUGGAUUUUUCUUGUGAUGCCAAGAACUGAUGUAAAAUUCCAUAAAAUUUUUAAAGAAUUUUAAUUUAACCCCUGACACUUAAAAAAAUAAAAUAAAAAACUACAAAAACAAAAAACUUGCAAAAACAUAGGAAGACUACAAGAACACUGCAAAACACUACAGAAAUGAUGUAAAAACAAUGCAAAAGCUACCUAAACACUAGAAAACUGCAAAAACAAUGCAAGAACACUACAAAACACAUCAGAAACACUACAAAAAAAAUACUGCAAGAACACCAAAAAAAAUUACAAAAAGAACUGCAAAUACAGUGGACCCCGCCUUAUGAACGCAUCGAGUUACGUUAAGUCCGCCAUACGAAGCAUUUGAUCGCAAAAAUUUUGCCUCGCCUCACGAUAAAAAACUCGCCUUAUGUGAUUCGUCCAGGAUGCGUCCCACGUGUGACCUCAGCACCAGUGUUUACAAGCCAGCCAGUGCAGUCACAUCUAUGCAUACAUUCUGUACAUUUCACAUUAUCCCAGUGAUUUUAGUGCUUGUAACUGCAAAAUAAGUCACCAUGCACCCCAAGAAAGCUUCUAGUGCCAUCUCUGUGGUAAAAAGGGGCAAGAAUUAGUAUGGAAUUAAAAUGAGAUUAAGGAAAUGUGUGCAAAAUGGGUUCAACUGCAAACCUUUACGGAUGAAAAUCACUCUGACACAGCUACUGCAAGCCAUGUUGGCAACCUGUACAAUGACAAUGUUAUGGCCCAUUUUAGGAAAGUCUUAAAGGAACAGGAGGUACAGAGCUCUAUGGACAGAUUUGUUGUGCGACAGAGGUCCAGUGACUCUCAAGCUGGUCCAUGUGGCAUUAAAAGAAGAAGGGAAGUAACCCCGGAAAAGGACUUGCUACCUCAGGUCCUAAUGGAAGGGGAUUCCCCUUCUAAAUAAUAACUUCCACACUCUCCACUCCUCCCAUCCCAUCAGUCAUCGCCAAAUCUUCAAUAAAGGUAAGUGUCAUGUAUUCUAUUCUUAGCAGAGUAGUAAUUGUGCAUGUCUUCUUCAGUUUGUGUGUAUUAAAAUUAAUAUUUCAUGUGGUAAAUUUUUUUUUUUUCAUACUUUGGGGUGUCAGGAACGGAUUAAUUCGAUUUCCAUUAUUUCUUAUGGGGAAUAUUAAUUCGGCUAACGAUAAUUUCGGCUUACGAUGAGCUCUCAAGAACGGAUUAAUAUCGUAUGGUGGGGGUCCACUGUGUACUACAAAGCCACACUAUAAAAGUAAACCAAAAGCAUUGCAAAAACAUUAUAAAAGCACUGUAAAAAUGCAAUAACUGAAAAAAAUUCAGAAAAAAAACCACUACAGAACACUAUUAAAAACAGUUGCAAAAACACAAGAACACUACAAGAAACUGAAAACAUUUGGAAAAGACUACAAAAACAAUAUUAAAACAAAACAAACACAAAACUCAACCAAAGCACUGAAAAAAACUGCAAAAAUACUAUACAACACUACAAAAAUGCUAUACACUACAAAACA